CAUAUAUCCUCAGAAUUGUGUUUACAUUUCGUAUGACUUCACUGCCAAUAUAACCCCCCACCUUCCUUAUCCUGGGACCCAGUCAUGCCUCUGAGAAUCAUAAAUCGAUAGAGAAUUGAAAUGGCUGUAUUUAAACCAGGUACACAGCAGUGCUGGAGCAGCAGUGGGAUGGCGCUGCAGAUCAUUCUGCUGGCACUAACAGUCCUCUGGGCUGCAGCACAGACUCCACCAUGCAGAAUACUGGGGAGGGCAGCCAAGCCCAGCUUCUAUCAACAUGGAGACAUCAACAUUGGCGGGGUCUUCGCCCUCAGCAGUGAAACCAAAAAAAUGAGCAUGCAAUUCACUAGGACACCAGAGCCAAGGAAAUGUGUACGAGUUAAUUUCAGAGGAUUCCGAGAGGCCCAGACCAUGAUAUUUACCAUUGAAGAAAUAAACAACAGAACUGACCUCCUGCCCGGUGUAUCUCUUGGAUAUAAGAUAUACGAUUCCUGCAUCUCUACAAUAUUCUCUAUAAGAGCGGCCAUGGCUUUGCUGAACGGUUAUGAGGAAACACUGUCUGACACAUCAUGUUCCACACCACCAGCAAUACAGGCCAUUAUCGGGGAAACCACUUCAACUAAUUCCAUUGCAAUUGCAUCAACCGUUGGAUUAUUUCAAAUUCCAGUGAUCAGUCACUUUGCAACAUGUGCAUGUCUGAGCAAUAGAAAAGUAUUCCCCACAUUCUUCAGAACCAUCCCCAGUGACUAUUAUCAGAGCAGAGCACUGGCUCAUCUGGUGAAGCACUUUGGCUGGACCUGGAUAGGAACAGUGAGAAGUGAUGAUGCUUACGGCAAUAACGGAAUGGCCACAUUUACAAAAGCUGCUGAAGAGUAUGGCAUCUGCAUUGAGUAUUCUGAGAAAAUUCACAUAGCAGAACAAGAGAAAUUACAUAAGGUUAUAGAUGUUAUCAAAAGAGGUACUGCAAAGGUAAUUGUAGCAUUUUUUUCUCAUGUUGAGAUGAAGAUUUUACUAGAACAGCUGACCCUUCAGAAUAUAACUGGUCUUCAGAUGGUUGGCAGUGAAGGCUGGAUAACAGCAAGCAGUCUAGUGACACCUACGAGUUUCAGAAUACUGGGAGGAUCUAUUGGCUUUGCGGUUACCCAAGGCAAAAUAAAUGGCCUCAGAGAAUUUCUAGUAAAACUUCACCCCUCACAACAGCCAGGAAACCUUGCUGUUGUAGAAUUUUGGGAAACUCUGUUUCAGUGCUCCCUUAUGAAUGAAAACAAUCUACCAGACAUCAACCUCUGCACUGGAUCGGAGAGCUUGAUUGAACAGGAAAAUGAGUACACUGAUGUAUCAGAGCAGAGAAUCCCCAACAAUGUUUAUAAAGCAGUAUACGCUGUUGCUCAUUCUCUGCAUGACCUGCUGGCAUGUACACCCCAUCAAGGCUGCACAAACAGUGUGAAAACAGAGCCCUGGCAGCUUCUUAGGGCUUUGAAAAAUGUAAAUUUCACUUUGGAAACUGGAGAGCAAGUCUCUUUUGACAGUAAUGGAGACCCUGUAGCCAGAUAUGACGUGCUGAACUGGCAGCUUGGUCCUGAUGGUGCAGUAGAAUUCAAAAUGGUCGGCUACUAUGAUGCUGCUUUACCAUCUGGGCAGCAGUUUGUGAUGAGUCCUGUUAGUAUGGUUUGGGCAGGUGGGCAAAAAGAGAAACCCAGGUCAGUGUGCAGUGAGAGCUGUCCUCCAGGCACCCGGAAGGUCAUGCAGAGAGGAAGGCCUGUCUGCUGCUAUGAUUGUGUGCCCUGUGCUGAGGGAGAAAUCAGCAAUGCCACAGAUUCUAAUGACUGUAUUCAGUGUAUGGAAGAAUACUGGCCUAAUGCUAAAAGAAAUGAAUGUGUUUUAAAGGCUGUCGAAUUUCUGUCCUUUGAAGAAAUUAUGGGAAUAAUGUUUGUUGUUUUUUCCAUAUUUGGAGUGUGUUUUACUGCAUUUGUGGCUGUGCUGUUCUUUAUAAAGAAGGACACACCCAUUGUGAAAGCCAAUAACUCAGAGCUGAGCUUCCUGCUGCUCUUUUCAUUGAAACUGUGUUUCCUUUGCUCUCUUACCUUCAUCGGCCGGCCCUCUGAGUGGUCCUGUAUGCUGCGCCACACUGCGUUUGGGAUCACCUUUGUCCUCUGCAUCUCUUGUGUUCUGGGAAAAACAAUAGUGGUGUUAAUGGCCUUCAGGGCUACACUUCCAGGCAGUAAUAUCAUGAAGUGGUUUGGGCCUCCCCAGCAGAGACUGAGUGUUCUUGCUUUCACUCUCAUACAGGUCCUUAUUUGUGUGCUUUGGUUAACAAUAUCCCCUCCUCUCCCCAACAAGAACACGAAACACUACAAAGAAAAGAUCAUUCUAGAAUGUGAAAUAGGAUCAGCAGUGGGGUUCUGGGCUGUACUGGGUUAUAUUGGACUCCUCUCUGUAUUGUGCUUUGUUUUAGCUUUUCUGGCUCGUAAAUUGCCUGACAAGUUCAAUGAAGCCAAAUUCAUCACAUUCAGCAUGCUAAUAUUCUGUGCAGUCUGGAUCACCUUUAUACCAGCUUAUGUCAGCUCACCUGGAAAGUUCACUGUAGCUGUUGAGAUCUUUGCAAUUUUAGCAUCUAGUUUUGGCUUGCUAUUCUGUAUCUUUCUUCCAAAAUGUUACAUAAUGUUAUUCAGACCUGAGCAAAAUACAAGAAAGCAUAUAAUGGGUAAAACAGAUGUGAAAUCUCAGUGAUUGCCCGCACUAUUUUAUACCCAAGAGAACUGUAUAGGGUACUGGAUGAUAGAGUCAUCUGUCAAAUAAGAAUGCAAUGUCUUAACUUACAUGAUAUAUAAUUGAAAUAAAUGUUCCUGAAUCCUUUUUCACUAAAGGAACUUCACCAUACCUGUGGCUUAGUUGGCUCACUUAUUGUCAACAUUACAACUUCAUUCAAUUGUUGAAAAAAUACAAUUAAUUUAGCACAUAAUCUGCAGUGAUAUGAGACGCUCUUGCACCGAAUACUGAUACAAUUAAAAUGUUUAAGGAAUAUACUAUGACAAUCUGUUGAUUCUCAUAAGCUGCUUUAAUUCACAGCAUUAUAAAAUGUUUCAGGACUUCAGUGUUUAUGGGUCUCAUGUGAAUGAGAGCCACUGUUAGCAUUCCAGAAACGUUGCUCUGGAAACUUGCUGGCUAAAAAUGUAAAAGCAUUUACACAAGUGUUCCGUUUUAAUUUGUUCCGUGUGAACAUGACGGAGUGAAAUUAUGGCAAGGCAGAAAAGCAAUGCUGCCAUAAUUAUACGCCUGCCACAUGCCUGCAUGACACCCCUGGGAGGGAGAUGCGGCAGUGCCAGGGAACACCGUUGGUUGCCGCAUGGAGAGAGAGAGCGCGCACCCACACAAACAUGAAAUAAAAUAAGUGCCACCUUCACCCUUCCCCUCACGGGUUCCAGGCAAAAACAAUUAGCUAAAGCAACAAGCUAAAAUAACAAAGACACAAGAAAGUAAAACUACGCAAAGGCUUUUCUGUGUGCCGCCCGUAGCUGUCCCGCCUUCCCAGCCGGCUCCAAAUCCUCCAGCAUCCCAGCUGAGGAUUACUUCUUUUGGUCUUUCCUUUUUCCUCAAACCAAUUUCCACAAAUAAAAAUAAACCAAAAUCAAUCAUAACAGCACUCUCGGUGUGAGCUCCCGGUCUCAGCCCCAAACUGUGGAAAGCAGCACACCUUUAUGCACCGGGGCUGAUUAGCUAACACAACCCAGGGCUGCGUUUCCCAGUUUUGAUGUACC